UUUUGAUAUUUUUGUAGUCUAAAAUAUUUUACUUAGUUUUUCUACCUAUUUUCCACUUUUCUAGAUCUUAAAUAGCCCCAAAAUUCUCGGUUAAGUUUUAUGAGGCUGCUGUCGUUGCAGCUGUUGCUGGCCCUGCUCCAGCUUGCCAGCGGCUACAACUAUUGCCGCAAUGAGAGCCAUUUGUGCAACAUGGCUAAUAGGCGGCAUUUUAUAUGCAAUGUGGACACUGAGCUGCAUCCACUUUUUUAUAGGGCUAAAUUUUUGGGCAUCGUACCGGACACAUUGCCAUUCCGCAAACUUAUAUUAGACUAUCAUAAUAAGUAUCGGAAUAUGGCGGCUGGUGGCGAAUUGGUCACGGAUGGCAAUGAAACCUUUCCGGCUGCCUCACGCAUGCGUGAACUCAUCUGGGAUCUGGAACUGGCGUAUAUGGCCCGUGUACAUGCCGCCACGGUAUCCUUCAAGCACACGAUUUGCCGUUCCGUUGUGCGUUUUCCGCAUGCCGGUGAAAAUCUGAGCCUGGUUCUUGCCAAUAACAAACGUUUCUCGGUUAAAGAGUUGCUCGACUUGGCGCUCUUCCCCAUGUUUGAGGAAUAUAGAGCGGUUCUGGAUCCCGUUGAUCUUCUCAAAGAUUUCGACUCCAACAACCACCACCUUGUGGGCCACUUUACGCAGAUGGUUAGUGAUCGAGUCUCCAGGUUGGGCUGCGCCUUUGCUAUAGCAACAAAUUGUGAAUCAAAUAAUAGUGUUGACUUUUGCCACUUUAUGACCUGCCAUUACGACUUUACCAAUAUGGAGGGUUCGUAUACAUAUAAGAUUGGCAAUGCCGCCAGCAAUUGCGGCACUUGGGGCGCCUGGCCUAGCUCCAAGUAUCGCAAUCUGUGCACCAACAACGGCGAUAUAUUUCCCAAGGAUCAUGGCGAUAAGGAUCGCAAGCUCCACAAUGUGGAGUAAUAUUUAUAUAUUAUAGUUUUCCAAUGCCGAAUUGUGACAUUCAUUCCCUGUCCAAGCUGGAUAAAUGUGUCAAAUGAUUGUAAUCAUGUUUAAUUGUUUUUAUAAUAUAUUUUUGAAUCUUUAA